AUGGACCCCUCCAGCAUCGCUCCCUUCUGGGGGCCUCAAACCUCCUACUUGAAUAUGUUCUACCCUGAAACCUGCAAUAGGAUGCAAAUUAAUCUCGAUCUAGUCGUCUACGGAAUUUACGGGCUAUGGACGCUCCGUCAAAAACCCCAUGCCCGUUCACGCGCCAUCCCAUAUUGCGGAUUGAUCGGAGUCGGGGUGUGUUCGGGCGGCUACCAUAUGACCCUGAAAUAUCACACUCAGAUGUCGGAUGAACUAUCCAUGCACCUUCUGACCACGCCUCUCUUGUACCGAGUCCUCACGUUCCAGACCAGCCCGCAGUACACCAAAGCCGUGGGGAUCUUCCUCUCGCUGGAGUUCACCGUCGUCAUGGUCGUGCACAUGGUCAUGGACGAGUUCCUUCUUCAUGCCGUAACGUUCGGGUUGGGAGUGUACUUGAUCGCUACGCGGACUCUGAAGAUUAUCCCGCGACAGAUCCCGAACCUCUAUACGCGAAAGAAUGUUCAACACAUCGCUCUUUUCGGCUGCUUCAGUUUCGUUUUCGGAUACUCUGUCUGGCUGAUUGAUAGCUAUGCUUGUCAGACUCUGACGAACAUGCGGCAGGCUGUGGGUUUACCCUUUGCGUUCCUGUUGGAGUUGCACGGAUGGUGGCAUGUCUUUACUGCCAUUGGCGGUUAUAUCGCUGUCGCGGUCGUGGAUAUGCUCACGUCGGGCGAGGUGGACGCAGAUUCUGUCGAGCGCCUAGCCGGGCCUCUUCCUACUGUGGCCCGUGUUGUCGGCGCCGCGCGAGGAUUGAAGAAGGACUAA